UAAUCGGGCCAAGGAUUGGUAGAAUUUAGAAGGAUAUCUCUCUCUCUCGGGGUUGGCGUUCUUCCGCGUUCUCCACCCUCUCUCGUCUACAGGAAAUCUUUCUGCUUUUCUUUUCUCUUGGUUUCUUGUCUUUUCUUUUCCUUUCCUUUCUGUUUCUUUCUUUUCUAAUUGGAGGUGUUUGGAGAUCGGAGAAUGCUGGAAUAAUCCCUCAACAGCAACGCAGAGGUAUCAGAUCUGCCCAAGCAACCAAACAAAGAAGCAAACAAGGUACCUACUUGCCUCCAAUCCAAAAUAUUUGAAAAUCGUCAGCUCAGAUUUCAACAUUUCGGAUCCGGGUUCGGAUCUACUCUGCCAUUGCUAGUUUGUUUGUCGUUCUCAACCGGUGUAGAUUAUUUGAGAACAAUCGGGUCUGUGAUCUGCUUCUGGGUCGAACAUGGCGACAGGGGGAAAAUAUACUAGAGUAGAUAAUAGGAGGCCGUCCUCCGCUAGUGGUUGCUGCUCCACCGUCACCGUUGGGGUGUUUGUGGCGUUGUGCUUGGUCGGGGUUUGGAUGAUGACCUCCUCCUCUGUAGUUCCCAUUCAGAAUGUGGAUGUGCCCACGGAGGAGAGUAAGAGUGAACUCAAGGAGCAGGGCAGCAAUAACGUCGGCGUCAAGGAACAAGCGAGUGACACCAAUGCCAGGCAAUUUGAAGAUAACCCGGGUGACUUACCCGACGACGCAACCAAAGGAGACAGCAGCGAUGGUGCUGCUCAGGGUGGAGACAAGCUACAAGGGAAGUCCGAAGAGACGACUGAGGAGAAGUCUGUGGAAAAGACUCAGGAGACACCUGAGGAGAAAACCCAAGACAAGACUGAGGAGAAAAGUGAAGAAAAGAUUGAGGAGAAAAGUGAAGAAAAGAUUGAGGAGAAAUCUGAAGAUGGCGACUCUAAGGUGGAGAAUGGAGAAUUGAAUUCCGAAAAUGGAGAAAAAAAGAGCGAUGGCGGCGAAAAGGACAAGUCUGAUUCCGGUGAUAAUGAGAAGAAAUCGGAUGAUGACAGUGAGAAAGUGGAGGUAACUGAUACCAAGGAGUCAAAUGGGGAGAAAAAGGAAAAUGAGCAGGCCAAAAACCAGAGUUCAAAUGAGGUAUUUCCUUCCGUUGCUCAGUCGGAGCUAUUGAACGAGACUACAACUCAAAAUAGUUCGUGGUCAACUCAGUCGGCAGAGUCAAAGAAUGAGAAGGAGGCUCAGCGUGCUUCUGAUCAGAAGACCAGUUACAACUGGAAAGUCUGCAAUUCCACUGCUGGGCCUGAUUUCAUCCCCUGCCUUGACAAUUUGCAAGCCAUCAAGAGUCUUCGAAGUACCAAGCAUUACGAACACCGGGAGAGGCAUUGUCCCGAGGAGGCCCCCAGCUGCCUUGUUCCUCUUCCAGAAGGUUAUAGACGCCCAAUUGAGUGGCCAACAAGCAGGGAAAAGGUAUGGUACUACAAUGUUCCCCAUACAAAGCUUGUUCAAAUUAAGGGGCAUCAGAAUUGGGUCAAAGUUACCGGUGAAUACCUCACUUUUCCCGGUGGUGGAACACAAUUCAAGCAUGGUGCUCUUCAUUAUAUUGAUUUCAUACAACAGUCUGUUCCUGAUAUUGCCUGGGGAAAACGUUCACGUGUCAUAUUAGAUGUUGGAUGCGGAGUUGCAAGCUUUGGAGGCUUUCUUUUUGACAGAGAUGUCCUUGCAAUGUCAUUGGCCCCAAAAGAUGAGCAUGAAGCUCAAGUGCAGUUUGCACUUGAAAGAGGAAUUCCUGCCAUAUCUGCUGUGAUGGGCACAAAGAGACUUCCCUUCCCCGGCCAAGUUUUUGAUGUUGUCCACUGUGCCCGCUGCAGGGUUCCUUGGCAUAUAGAAGGUGGUAAGCUUCUGUUGGAGCUGAACCGAGUGUUGAGACCUGGUGGUUUCUUUGUAUGGUCUGCUACUCCAGUGUAUAAGAAGCUGGGUGAAGAUGUUGAAAUAUGGAAUGCCAUGAAGGAACUAACCAAAUCAAUAUGCUGGGAACUGGUGUCAAUUACUAAGGAUACAGUAAAUGGAGUUGGUAUUGCUAUAUACAAAAAGCCUACUUCAAAUGAGUGCUAUGAGAAAAGAUCACAGAACGAGCCUCCUAUCUGUGCUAAGUCUGAUGAUCCAAAUGCUGCCUGGAAUGUGCCAUUACAAUCAUGCAUCCACAAAGUGCCUGUUAAUGCAACAAAACGUGGGUCUGAAUGGCCUGAACAAUGGCCGGCGAGGUUGGACAAGGCACCUUACUGGUUGUUAAGUUCCCAAGUUGGUGUUUAUGGAAAACCUGCUCCUGAGGAUUUCACUGCAGACAAUGAGCACUGGAAACAUGUGGUGACAAAGUCAUACCUGAAUGGAAUGGGGAUUAACUGGACAUCUGUUCGGAAUGUUAUGGACAUGAGAGCUGUGUACGGAGGAUUUGCUGCCGCUUUGAAAGAUUUGAAAAUUUGGGUCAUGAAUGUGGUCUCGGUAGACUCUCCAGACACACUACCCAUAAUUUACGAGCGAGGUUUGUUUGGUAUGUAUCAUGAUUGGUGUGAGUCAUUUAACACCUAUCCAAGGUCUUAUGAUCUUCUCCAUGCCGACCAUCUGUUUUCCAAGCUUAAGAAGAGGUGCAAUUUAGUGGCUGUAGUUGCGGAGGUUGAUCGAAUCCUUCGACCAGAGGGAAAGCUUAUCGUGCGAGACGAUGUUGAGACUAUUUACGAGCUGGAGAACAUGGCGAGGUCGAUGCAGUGGGAGGUUAGCCUGACGUAUUCGAAGGACAAGGAGGGAUUGCUUUGUGUGCAGAAGUCCAUGUGGCGGCCCAAAGAGUCGGAGACACUCAAGUUUGCAAUUGCUUAAGCGUGGUGGUCGGAAGUCGUGGUGGUCGGCAGUGGCUGCUGGCGUUGCUGAGGAUAUAAUAGUUACCCAUUUAUAUUUUGUUUUGGUUGCUAAUUGAAAUUCAUGGUUAUAUUAGCCUUUUGUUUCGUUUUAGUUAGGGCUUGUAGUCUGUUCAUUUUUUUUGUUUACAAUAUUUUGUUUUCGUUGUCGGGAGAUCGGUGUUUGGAAUUCCACUGUAAUAUUACCGUACUGGUUAUUGAUGGAAGAAAAACCAAACUAUUGGUUUAUGUAAUAUCUGAGGAUUUCGAUUCUAUUGUUGUG